GGCGAACGGACGCUUAGGUUGUAGGUUUGCGGGAGCUUGUUCUUGUUGAUCGAUCGUCUGCCUGCUGCAAAGAUGGCUGAGAAAGACAUAGAGUAUUUAAAGUCACCAGAUGAGAAAACAAAAUGGGAAUCUACGAAAGAAUUCAUUUGGAAUCCUCGAACAGGACAGUUUUGUGGAAGAACAGGAGCUAGUUGGGCCAAGAUUACAAUUUUUUACAUCGUUUACUAUGCCUGCCUGGUUGCUUUUUGGACAGUAAUGUUGAUGGUAUUUUAUGUGACUGUGGAUUACCAUCAACCAAAAUGGAAACUUGAUUCAAGCAGAAUUGGAAACAGUCCAGGUGUAGGUUUUAGACCCUCGCCACCUGAAGAAAAUGUGGACAGCACCCUCAUCUGGUUUCGUCAUGGUAGCUCAAAGCAGUGGGAAUAUUGGGUUGAUUCUCUUAAUGAGUUUUUAGAACCCUACCAAGGUGGACAGCAACAUGGAGAACACUUAACAACAUGCAGUUUUGAAGAGACUCGGAAACCUGAAGAAGUGUGCCACUUUAACUUGGAUUUAAUUAACAAUAACUGCAGUAGUUCACGGAAAUUUGGAUAUGAUGUAGGUCGUCCAUGCGUGUUGAUCAAAAUUAAUCGGAUAUAUGGCUGGAAACCAGAACCUUAUGACAACAAUAGUUUGCCAGACAAUAUGCCAGAAGAUGUGAAAAAGAAGUAUGAUCCCAGAAAUGUCUACAUUUCUUGUGAAGGCGAGAAUCCAGCUGACAGAGAGAAUAUUGGACCUAUUAAUUACUAUCCUUCUCAAAGCAUUCCAAACUACUAUUUUCCCUUCAACAACCAGCCAGGUUAUCUGUCACCAUUCGUGUUUGUCCACUUCCAGGACCCUACCUCAGGUGUACUGAUGAACAUUGAGUGUAAAGCCUGGGCUGCUAAUAUCAAACAUGAUAGAAAAGAACGGUUGGGAAGCGUUCACUUUGAACUACUUGUGGACUAAUUUUUGUUUCUCCAUACUUAUGUAGUAUAGCCAUUUUACUCAGAAAUUCAUGCAUAACCUGUUCCUUUCCAGAGAAUCUGUUGUUUACUUUUGGACUUUUUAGUUGAUAUUUUACUCUCAUUGCUAGCUUUUGUAUUUCUGUAUCUGUAGUUUCAAAGCUUCUCUCUACAAGGGAGAAGAUAAAAGUUGUCCUUCAUUUUAAGGUAUCAUCAUGAUGAACUAAGACUAUUUUCUGUGUUCAAAAUUCUUGCAGUUAGGUAUGGAAGGACAGCAACAGCAUGCAAGUAGAUGGUUGAUAUAUUAUGUAUCUUCAAAGAACAGAAUACAGUUCUACUUCCUAUUGAGAGAAUACAGUAUUGAAAGCUAUAGCAAAUUAUAGUUAAUUGUUAAAUUUUUCUUUCACUUCUUGAUUCACAUUGUGUUGUAUCAAGAGAUUGUGUUCUAUUCUUCUAAUUUAUGACAUGAAUGCAUUUUAGAACAUCAUUUAUUGUAAUUAUCUUGAUAACUUAUUUAGAGUCAAAACAAAAUCAAAAUAUUGAUUAUAAGUAAAUCAUGUAGUACUGCUAAUACCAAUACAUUUCAGGCACUGGUAGCACUUUUUUUUUCUGCAUAUCAAGAAAAAAAAAACAUGAUUUACUGAAUAGUUUAUUAGAAUCAUGUUAGUAGUGUUGCAGUUUCAAAUAAGUAGUUGAAACAGUUAUCAUUCAUAACUAAUAGAUAAGGAUAGAGUGGUUGAAACCUUAUUGAAUGUUUAGAGCAACCAUGACAAAUUUGUCUUCUCUUACACGUUAGAUUCUCUGGUAACCUUUGCAGGGAAUAAUAAAGUUGCACCAUCUGUAUCCAUGAGUGAGACAGAAUAUGUUACUUGAGUCUUGUUUUGUGUAACACACAACAUUUUGCAGCUGUUGUCUACUUCAUAUUGGCUAGACUUGUAUUCAGGAAGAAGACAAAUUCUUCCAUCGAUACAAGUAAACAAUCAUCCAGGCUUUCUAGAAACAGUUUCUAAAUAAUCAGACGUGUACUGACUUUCUUUGUAUUCUGGUAUACAACUUAGUAGCUUAGUGUGUUAGCCAAGAAAAUUGAAGGUCCUUAGAUGUUAAUCAUGAGAAGUAAACAUGUGUGAUUUUUUAAAUAAAAACUGAGUUGUAAUAUGCUUCAAGAGGCCUGAUCCAAUAUGCAGGUCAUUACUCAGUAGAAACGAACUAGAGAAUUCGUAUGAUUGUUAAAAUAUUUUAAGAUCUGUUGUGACUAUUCUCUAAAGUUUUUCAUUUUUCUUUUACUCACAUCUUUUUGUACAUUUUUUCUUCCUAAGUAUAUUGUUUUGUUUCAAAUUUUAAAAAGGUUUAUCUGAAAUUGUUACAUUUCAGUCUGUAGAUACAGAUUUAUAGUACAAUACACAUUUGACAAGUUGUAGAAGCAGACAGAUUUUUAGUAACACUUUUCAUAUUUCCAGGUUAUUUUGUUGGUACAUGGAAUGAGCCAUUGUAUGUAAGCAAAUAUUGCCCUUGGCAUAUGAUUUCACAGUUACAUAAUUACAGUGAUAAUUUUGUGUUUUAGAAGAAAACCAAUAACUUGUGGAAUGCUUAUUUUGUGAAAAUGGAACACAUUUCUGAUGGAUUUAUCAUUCUCAUGUAACCAAGCUGAGAAAAAUAAAGGUUGUUUGGAAAUCUA